UUUCUAUCUCUAGUUCCAGAUGUCAUUUAGAGUAUUAAGAUUGGAUUCUCUCAAAUAUUAUUUGAAAAAGCGUCUCCGAAUCUUUUCUUUAAUCAUGAAUAAUGGUGAAACAUUCAAUCAAAGUGACCAGAAUAUAUUCACACCACCAUCUGGUGUGAGAGGGAUGGUUGAAUUAGACAGGUCCGCAUUUAAAAAGGAAGUAGAUGUCAACACGAUACUAGUACCUUUUUCUUCACUCAAUAAGUUCCAGAAGAAAUUUAAAGAAGACAUUCUUAAGAGGAGAGGAGCAAAUUUAUUGUCUGCAGAAAAUUGUGAAGCUCAAAAAAAUGCUAAAUUUGUUGUAAUGAAACAAGACUUCAAUUUCAAAUCUCUUCCAGAAUUCAAACAACAACUUUUAAACGAUUUACAAAUUGAAUCAAGAUUUUACACUAACAAGUUGGAAAUAAGGUAUGAUGUAUACAAGCACCAAGAAAUUAUUGGUGCAGUAUUACCUGAAGGACUAGAUUCAACAUCGGGUUUUGAACGAGUCGGUCAUAUCAUUCAUGUCAAUUUAUUAGAACAUCAAAUGCCAUACAAGAAAUUAAUUGGUCAGGUACUUCUUGACAAACACAAAGCAAUCACAACUGUCGUGAAUAAAUCUUCAACUAUUGACAAUACAUACAGAAAUUUCCUAAUGGAGGUUAUUGCCGGUGAAGCAAAUUUUGUUACCAAAAUAAUUGAAUAUGGCAAUAUUUUCGAAUUCGAUUUUUCAAAGGUUUUCUGGAAUUCAAAGUUGCAAACUGAGCAUCAGAGAAUAGUGGAGUUGAUUCCAAAGGAAUCUGUUGUCUUUGAUGUAUUUGCAGGAGUUGGACCUUUCUCCAUACCACUUGCCAAAAAAGGUUGUGAAGUAUAUGCAAAUGACUUGAAUGAAGAAUCAUACAAAUGGCUUUUACACAAUUCAAAACUAAAUAAAGCGAAAUUGAAUGCAUUCAAUAUGGAUGGCAGAAAGUUUAUCAAAGAAUGCUUGGGAAAACAUUUGCAAUUGUCAUCAAAAACAGAGACAAUAUGUGUUAUAAUGAAUCUACCGGCACUGGCAAUAGAAUUUUUAGAUGCAUUCACAGGAUUGGUCAAGAAUAUUAAUCGAGCUGAAGACAACAAGACAUCAAGUUCAUUACCUCCAGUGACUGUUUAUUGUUAUGCUUUUUCAUCUGCUCAAGAUUUAAAAGGUGAUAUUAAAGAGAGAGCAGAACAAAGCCUCAGUGAAAAUCUUCCUGAACAUAGUAUUCGGGAAGUCAGAAAAGUUGCACCAGGAAAAUACAUGCUUUGUUUAUCUUUUGAAAUUCCUUUUUCUCUUUUAUAUGAACAAUCAAAAAAUGGUGAUACAGAUGAAUCGGAAUGUAAAAGAAUAAAACUAUCAUAGUUCGUAUUUUUGUAUGUUGAAUUUGGAAAAGGCAAUCAUGCACACAUUUUAUAUCGAUAAAUACACUGAGCUGCUCAUA